CGGCAAGAUCUGCUCGUCGCGUUCUCACACGACUCGAUGCGGCUUGCAUCGGCGUCGUCCGACCGGACGGUCAAGAUCUGCGAUGCAAGCAGUGGCGAGUGUUUGCAGACGCUCAAGAGCCAUAACAGUGACGUCCGUUCGGUCGCGUUCUCACACGACUCGGCACAGAUCGCAUCAGCAUCAGCGGAUUGCACGGUUAAGAUAUGGGAUGCAAGCAGUGGCAAGUGCCUGCAGACGCUUAAGCGUCAUUGCGAUUCAGUCCGCUCGGUCUCCUCAGCGUUGGACGACCUCAGAAAUCUUGAACUUGGAUGUUGUGGUUUGAGUCCGGAUAGAGCUUGGAUAACAUAUAAUUCAGAGAACGUGUUAUGGUUACCCUCAGAAUAUCGACCGUCAUGCUCAGCUUUGUCAGGGAAGACAAUUGGCGUUGGUGUUGGAUCUGGAAAGGUAUGGGUAUGCAACUUUAGGCUUAGCGAAUCUUAGGGACUUAGAGGCAUGUAUGUAGAGGGACUUGAUAAGUGUCUUUAUACUUUAUAUUUCAAUUAUAUCUCUAUUUGUAGAGGGGUUUGGGGAUAAGCAUGAGCAUGUAGCUAGGAAAUUUGCCACGACAAAGCUUCGAG